AUGUCUUCUUCAAAACUUAAUUAUGAUCAAGAGAAAGCUCGUCAAUUUUCCUUUCCAUACGUGAGCGGCUCACCUCUAAAGCUUUUGGUAGCCCUGCUUGAAUAUGUCCCUGGACUAUCAAGCUAUAUUUUCAAUCAUAUGGCAAUAAGUACCUUGAGAAAUAGAUCCUUCAAAGAAGAUAUGACAAUGAUGCCAUUACCUUUACCAAAAGAAAUGUUUGGUAUUGAAAACUCUGUGAUCAUCGAUGGGUUAGAAAUUUUUGACCAGAAAGAUCAUGAGAAUAAUCCAGCUCCAGCCAACCAAAGAUUUUUAUGCGCGCGUGAUUAUACUGAGGCAUAUUCGACUAAAAGGAUUACACCUCUACAAGUAUGCGAGAAAUUAAUUGAUAAAAUAAAUCAAUCUUGCUCUAAGGCGUGUGACCCUCCUCUUUACGGUAUGUAUCAAUACCACGAGGAUGAUAUUAUAGCUCAAGCUGAGGCGUCGACCUCUCGAUAUAAUCAAGACCAAACAUUGGGACCCCUUGACGGUGUUCCUGUGGCGAUUAAGGAUGAGAUUGAUGUCAUAGGUUAUGAGACACGUGUAGGAACAUCAUUUCUUAAUCAAGGAAACCCUGCUUCAAAGGAUGCAUUUUUGGUAAAAAAACUAAGAGAACAAGGUGCUAUUAUCAUUGGAAAAACAAACUUGCAUGAAAUUUGUUUCGACAUUACAACCAAUAAUCCGAAUGCAUAUUCAUCUCGCAACCCCUACAAUACCGAUCAUUAUUGUGGAGGAUCGAGUGGAGGUAGCGGAUGUGUUGUUGCCAGCGGUUUAUGUCCAAUUGCUAUAGGAAGUGAUGCUGGUGGUUCUAUCAGGCAAUUAUUGAAAUGGUCUUUAGCUGAUAUUUGA